AUGAACAUCUCCGUGCAAGUGGUGAUCUUGGUGGCGGCGGUGUGCCUGUGCCUCGUUGACGGGGCACCGGAGGCGCGCAUCACCAGGAAACAGCAGCGGCCCACCCGCGGCUUCAAGAACGUCGAGAUGAUGACGGCCAGGGGCUUCGGGAAGCGCGACCGGCCCUCCGCCAGGGUUGAACAUAACUACGAAGCACCACGCAGGAUAUUUAAGCCCAAGACUAGGCUUAUGGUAGCACCGGACUUUGGCAAAAGGAGCGGUUAUGAUGACGUUAAUGAAGAAGUCUUCGGAUUGGACAACUUCUGGGACUCUCUGGAAAAUACUCAAGAGCGGGAAAAUCAAGACGCGAAUGAAGAAAAGAAUAUCGAAAGUAUCCCGUUGGAUUGGUUCGUGAACGAAAUGUUAAACAACCCUGACUUCGCUCGUUCGGUCGUCCGGAAAUUCAUUGAUCUCAAUCAGGAUGGCAUGCUGUCGUCGGAGGAAUUACUAAGGAACGUGCUU